CGUCACAAGGCCCCGCUGCGUCUUCCCAGCCGCAGGCGCAGGCCCAGCCAAGCCGGCUGCGGAGCGGUUGCGGGUUUGGGUGCGGGCGCAGCGGCCAUCGACCGCGCGGCCGCACAGCGGACACCGUGCGCACCGUCCUGAGAAGCCCCGCGAGUGGGGGAGACCACAGAACCUGAGGCCAUGCCUCAUGAGAAGAGUUUCUUGGUGUCUGGGGACAACUAUCCUCCCCCCAACCCUGGAUAUCCUGGGGGGCCCCAGCCCUCCAUGCCUCCCUAUCCUGGGACCUCUUACCCACAACCCCCGUUCCAGCCUUCCCCCUAUGGCCAGCCAGGGUAUCCCCAGGGCCCCUACCCCCAAGGGGGUUACCCUCAGGGUCCCUACCCCCAAGGGGGCUACCCUCAGGGUCCCUAUCCCCAAGGGGGCUACCCCCAGGGCCCUUACCCCCAAGGGGGCUACCCCCAGGGGCCGUAUCCGCAGAGCCCCUUCCCACCCAACCCCUAUGGACAACCACAGGCCUUCCCAGCCCAGGACCCUGGCUCACCUCAGCAUGGGAACUAUCACGAGGAGGGACCCCCGUCCUACUAUGACAACCAGGACUUCCCUGCCACCAACUGGGAUGACAAAAGCAUCCGCCAGGCCUUCAUCCGGAAGGUGUUCCUGGUGCUGACCCUGCAGCUGUCCGUGACUCUGUCCACUGUGGCCGUGUUCACGUUCGUCACGGAGGUGAAGGGCUUCGUCCGGGAGAAUGUCUGGACGUACUACGUUUCCUAUGCUGUCUUCUUCAUCUCCCUCAUUGUUCUCAGCUGCUGUGGGGACUUCCGGCGAAAGCACCCCUGGAACCUCGUUGCACUGUCAAUCCUGACCGUCAGCCUAUCCUACAUGGUGGGCAUGAUCGCCAGCUUCUACGACACUGAGGCGGUCAUCAUGGCUGUGGGCAUCACCACGACCGUCUGCUUCACGGUGGUCAUCUUCUCCAUGCAGACACGCUACGACUUCACAUCAUGCAUGGGCGUGCUCCUGGUGAGCAUGGUGGUGCUGAUCGUCUUCGCCGUCCUCUGCAUCUUCAUCCGCAACCGCAUCCUGGAGAUUGUAUACGCCUCACUGGGCGCGCUGCUCUUCACCUGCUUCCUGGCAGUGGACACCCAGCUGCUGCUGGGGAACAAGCAGCUGUCGCUGAGCCCAGAGGAGUAUGUGUUCGCGGCACUGAACCUGUACACAGACAUCAUCAACAUUUUCCUGUAUAUCCUCACCAUCAUCGGCCGCGCCAAGGAGUAGACCUAGCCCUGGCUCCAGCGGGGCCCCACGCAGGUGGCGUGGCUGGCAUGGCAGUGCCGCCUGGACCUCCCCUCUCUCUCCCUGGGCGCAGCCUGGGACAGAGGAAGCCCCUCUCCACCCUUCCUAUGUGUACACUGCAGAUACUUCUGUUUAGACCCACUGUGGCCAGCAUGGCCUCUUCUAGCCCCCCCACCCUGCCACAGGGCAGCGAGGCUGCAUUUCUGUGCCACCUCCUGCCCACUCACUGUUGCAUGAGCCCUGUCUGCCAGCCCACCCCAGGGAGCAACACCAGGUCCCAGGGGACAGGGAUCGAGCCAAGAGGUGAGGGUGCACGUCUCCCCUCCUGUCCCAGCUCCCCGCCUGGCAUAACGUACCCCCUUCCCCCCCUCACACCCACCCUGGAGUGCUGCCCUCUGGGGAGCCUGAGGGCUGAGGGUCUCACCCCUGUGCUGCGGCCUGAGGGCAGAGAGGAUGGAAUGUUUGGGGGGAGAAGGAUGCCUUCUUCUCAUUCUGCUGUCUUUAAAACUCCAAUAAAUGGGACCCUCUGCUCUC